UUCACAAGACAACUGGGUAGAAGUGUAUAGCUGUGUUGAACGGCACAACACUCAAAAUAACAAAGGCUUUUUAUAAUCUGCAACGACUGGCAACCAAUAUAAAACACAGUGAAGAGGAUGGUGGCCGUGACAUUCUUGUUCCUCUGCUUCUGGGCUGCAGGUGACCUCAGCCGUAUCCAAGUUACUCAGGAGCCAGACAGGCCCUCUCUGAAGGUGCAGCUCUCUCACACCGCCUCCCUGCGCUGCUGCUACUCAGUCACAGGGGGAGCCGUGGACACCACCUGGGUCACCAGCCCCCACAUGGUCAACGGCAUUCUUCGGGGAGUGGACUGUAGAGACAACCGUGUGACGGUGGAUGGGGGGAACCUAACGGCAGCAGGGGUCAUGUGUCACACACUCAUCCUGAGGGAGGUCCGUCUGAACGACACAGGGUUGUACCAGUGUUUCCUCAACCACAGCGCCCUGCAGCCCUCUGUAUAUACCCACGGCACCUUCCUGCAUGUCUACAGGCCAAUGGUGAAGAUUCUGGACAUCAGUGAAAGCACCAAGAACAGCAUCCUGACUGCUGAGGGAAUGUUACUGAUGGUGGCAGUGCUUCUGCAUGGUACCAUGAUGCUCUGUAAGACGAAAAAACUCAAUCAACUGAAGAAGAAAAGGGUCAAAGAGGAAGAGGAGAAUAUCUAUGAGGGUCUAAAUCUGGAGGAAUGCUGCUCCACAUAUGAUCAGAUCCAGCGCUCUCUGGUGCAGGGCCCCUACCAAGACGUGGGAAACAUGAUUAUGGAGGAGGAGGAAAUCCAACUGGAGAAGCCUUGAAUGAGAGGGGGAUGAAGAGAGAGGGUAGGAGAAGCCUUGAAUGAGAGGGGGAAGGAAGG